GGUUGCAUAAUAUAAAACUUUUGUGUCCAACUUUAAGGUUAUAUAAAAAUAUUUUGUUAAUGUAGUUUUAUUAAAGUUUUUAAAAUGUCCAUUGAUAUUGAAUAUUGCAAUAAAUGCGGCUAUUUAAAGCAAUAUGAAGAGUUGGCAAAAUAUAUUUCGGAAAACCAUCCAGAUAUAAAAAUAAAUGGACAUGAAGGAAGAAGAGGAUCAUUUGAGAUUUUAAUUAAUGGAGAAUUGGUUCAUUCGAAAUUAUCCACACUUGCCUAUCCAGAUUAUGAAGAUUUAUCCACCCUUGUAAAAGAUGCUGAAGUUGGAAAACCUUUAAGAACUUGUAAACAACAGCCAAUAACCAAAAAAAAGAAAAUCAUAAUUCCAUCUCAACAUGGCUUUCAAAAAAACAAAUCGACCAUAUCUGCUAUGAUUGAAGUCAUUGAAACUAUUAUUGAAAAUUUUGAGGAUAAGCAAGAUACAGAGGUAGCAUGUUUGGACAGAAGUAAGGCUUUUGACUGUGUAAACCACCAAAUAUUGCUUGACAAACUAUACUUUUAUGGAAUCAGAGGUCCAGCACACAAUAUACUUUCAUCUUACUUAAGAAACCGAAGACAAGUAGUCAGCGCGGCCUCAGAGGCCUACCCUGACGAGCCGCCACUGCAAGUAGCUGAGUGGAAAGAUAUACAAACCAAUGAAGAACAAAUAAACAUGGGGGUACCACAGGGAUCUAUCCUAGGGCCAAUCCUAUUUAUUCUAUACACAAACGAUCUGACAGCAAAUGUAAACACAUCAAAAUCAUGCAUCGAUGCUGAUGAUAAUACCUUUUUAAAUAGUUCCAACAAUACAAAAAGCCUAAAACAAAAGUCCACUGAAGCAAUAAGCAUGCACAAGAUUGGUUUGAGGCAAACGGAUUAA